GCGGGAGCGGAGGCUUGUGAUGAACAGACAGGAAGUAGGUUGUUGUGAGGAGAAGAUGGACCCAGUUCACAGUUGUUGACAAACUGUGUUAUGAUGCCUUCGCGAAACAACGCUGCUGCUGGGGUCUCCAGCAGUAAAGUGAAGUACUCCAAGCUUGCAGACAGUGAUGAAGGUUACAUCGACCUGCAGUUUAAGAAGCUUCCAACAAAAAUUCCAUACAAAGCAAUUGCAUUAGCAACUGUCUUGUUUGUGAUUGGCUCAUUGCUGAUUACCAUUGGUGCUCUUCUGCUGACUGGGUAUAUUAACAGUUCGUAUAGUGACACAACCUGGCCAGUGCUGAUCAUCGGAAUCCUGGUUUUCCUACCUGGCUUUUACCAUCUUCGGAUUGCAUACUAUGCUUCAAGAGGAUAUAGAGGCUACUCCUAUGAUGACAUCCCAGACUUUGAUGACUGAACACUGUUCUCUUCCUUUGACCACCUGUUGUAUGCAGUCUGCUGUAAGGCUGUUUGUGAUGAAUAGGAUUAGGAAGCAUUCAUUCCUAAUGGCUGGAUUGCACCAAACAGAAUUUACAGCUAUGUAACAAUAAGGUGGUUUUUCAAGGGCCAGCUUCAUUCCCCUGCUAAUCAGAUCUAUAUUUGAAAUUUUGACUGAUUUGGAUACUUCCAGAUUGAAUUUUUAAUGGGUUUUCAAAGUCAUUCCUCCGACCUUCAGAAAAACUUUGUAUAUAUCGUAUAUAUGGUAAUUUGUGGACUGGUGAGUUUACACUGGAGGAGGCAGGAUCCCAAUUAGAAUCAAGUUUGUGCAGCCUCAGCACUGCAACUCAUGGUACCAGUCCAAGAAUCCUAAAUCACAUCGCAACAAUGUGAGCAUUUGCAAGAAGAGGCAAUGUUGUGUCUCCAUCAGUACACUGUAUUCAAACUGUUGAGCCAUACUUUUGUUCAUAUGUUUCAACUAAAUGGGACCCGGUACUUUGAACACAGAUGGAAUGUCAAAUAUCCAAUAAUGAAGGAACAAGUUAGAUUUAAGCAUUGAAUCCUGCCUUAGUGUCAUAAGAUGUUUUCUUCUUCAAGGUUCUGCAUUAUGUUCCACUGAAUUGCAUUUUGAAUGCUAUUGUUGUAUUAAUGGGGAGUGUCACUCUGCUGACCUGCCACUCCUCACUCUGUGUUUGUACUGUGUCAGAUUCACACUUUGUGCAAAUUCACAUUUGCAACUCUCAAUCUGGUUUGGCAUGGCAGGGUUCCCUUGGGGUAGGGAUGGUGAAGAUUUGAGUAAUCAUAGGCUGCAUUUUUCUUGUCUGUGCACCCGUAGCUCCUUAUGUGAGAGACACUGCAAAACCCAAGGAAAAUUUGGCAACAAUUUGAAUGCUAAUAUCAACCUGUUGAUGCUCCAGCAGUAGUUCUGCUGCCUUUGUGGCAUUGAUUAUCCAUUCAAGGGGCACAAAAUUGCACAUGAUGUGCUUGAUUUGGACUGCAGGCUGACUUCAGAGCCUGUAAUGUUGCAGAUGGACUCUUUAUAUUAUUCUUUGAAGAGAUGUGGUUAGAUGUGUGAAAGGCUCGCCUUUGUUACAUCCCAGAUUGACAUUUGAACUGUGUGGUUUGGUACACCAUUCAGAGGGGAGUUGCGAGCAACCAUAUAUUGAUGCAUGUAAAAUCACGUACCAUUCAGUCCAGGUAUGAAAGGCAAAUAUCCUUCCGUAAAGGCCAUGAGUGAACCAGAAAGGCUUUUUUGAAAUUGAUGAUUUCAUGGUCAGUACUGACACUAGCUUUCAUUUCCUGAUUUAUUCCUUGAAUUUGAGUUUCACGUGGUGGAAUUUGAGCUCAUAUCCUCAGAGCAUUAGUCCAUGUCUCUGGAUUACCAUGCUGUCUCUAUCUUCCCAGUCACAUAGAGUGAUGCACAGGAGAUAGAUCUCGACCCAGAACAAAGCAGAGGAAUGCUGCAAAUGAUGACUUUACUGAUACGGAUCCUCACUCUUCAAAUCGUCACUUUUUUCCCCCCUUUCUUUCCCUUCAUUCAACAUCUGAGUUCAAAUUAGCCCAUCAACAGAGGCUGUCAUUUGAUAAGCCUCCUUGACCUGUUCUAAUCCUGUUGACUGGUGAUCUGUUUUAUCCAAUUGUUAAUUCACUGUACAGUGCAGUAUUCUAAAGGAUCCAAAACAUGAGUAUGACUAAUGAUGCCUACCUAUAGGGAUUUUCUGGAAAAGGAUUUGGCACAGGGUAAACAGGUUCACUUUAUUUAUACAUCAGGUGUGAACAGUGCAACAUGCACCAAAUAAAAUAUUUAAUGUUCAGUUUUA